AUGAGCAAAACAGGACCAAACCAAACAAUUGUUGAUGGUGAUGAAGAAAUUCAAGAAAAGAAAUCAAAUAGUUCAUCUUCAAGUAAUUCUGGUGACCAAUACGGACAAUUAGAAACUUCAGACCCAAGUGAACAAGAAGCAGAAGAUGAUUACGGAACAUUUGAACCAAAAGAAUGGCACGAAGAAUUCCUAGAACUAUUACCAAAACUUGCACAUGGUGAAAAAGUUGACAAGAAAUGUUUUGAAGGAGAGUUAGUUAUUCCAACUGCUGAAGAAGAAAAGAAAGUUAAACUUGGAGAUUAUAUCAGAGAACGUAUUAUGGAAGUUGAUAAAAAAGGAGGUGAGGCUAAUGUAUUUGAAGAAGAAGAAAGACCAAAAAAAGAAACAGUUGUUGAAGAACAAGGAAGGUUAUUGAAAGAAUUCCAUCAAAAAGCUGAUGAAAUGAGUGAAGAUGAUGAUUUAUUAGUAACAAAACAAAAACCAGAACCAAUAAAUGUUGACGAAGAAUUAGAACAAUUAGAUGAUAACGCAAAACAAUAUUGGACAAAGUCAGAUAAUCCUGAUGACGAAUUUUUAAAGAAGUACAUUCUUGAAAAGAAAUGGGAAGAAAUUGAAGAUGGUAAAGAAGAUGUAGAUUUAGAUGAAGACCAAAAAGCUGUUGAUGCAGAAGAUGAUUUUGAAGCUGAACAAAGGCUUGGAAUUAUUUCGUAUGGAAGAACUGUUAAGGAUUCACUUCGUAAAGAACAUAAUAAAAGAAAAGAACAACGAGAACGUAGAAAAGCAAAAAAAGAAGAAGAAAAAAGAAAAAUGAUGGCUAUCACAGCUGAGCAAAAGAAAGAACAAAAGAAAAAGAUCGAAGAACGAAUUAAGGAAUUACAAAAAGAUGCUGGAGUAAAUUUUGAUCAACACUUUAUGGAUGAAGACUUUGAUGAAAGUAAAUAUGAUGAAAUGAUGGAAAAACAAUUUGGGGAAGAUUAUUAUAACCAAGAAGAUGAUGGUAUUGAAGCAUUAAGAGCAGAGAUUGCAGGAGAAAUGAAAAAAGAGGAUCAAAUGGAAGAAGAAAUUCCAAUGGAAGAAGAAAAUGAAGAAGAAGAAAAUGAAGAAAUAAAAACAAAUAAUAAAUCUGAAAAGAAAAAAAAUAAAAAAGAUAAAUUAGAUUCUAUCUCUGUUGAACGAUCAGAUGGAACUAAAGAACAUGUUGAUAUUUCACAUUUACGAGGAAAAGAUAAAAAGUUAGAUAAAAUGAUUGAUGACUAUUAUGGAAUGGAUUUUGAAGAUAUUGUAAAUGGAGAAAAAACAAGGUUUCCUUAUAUUAAUGUACCAAAGGAUGAUUCUGGAUUAACUGCAUACGACAUUCUCUGUUUAGAUGAUAAGGAGUUAAACCAAAUGUUAUCCAUUAAAAGAUUAGCUCCAUAUGAUGAACGAAAAAUUACUCAGGCUGAAAAAGAAAGAAUUCAAAGAAUGAAAGAAUCUUUAUAUGAAGAUGAUAAAAAACCUCGAUUUAAUAAGCAUUCUAAUCAUAGUAGUUCUACAAAGAAAUUUGAAAAGAAGUCAGAGAAAAAAUUUAAUAAAAAGGAGAAUAAGUUCAGUAAUAAACAAACUAGAAAAGGAGAUAAAAUCUCAAAAAAAAUGAUUAAAGAAAAUAAAAAGGUUAGAAAAGAAUAA